AUGCCCCGCGUCAAAAAAACUUCGUCCUCCUCGACAUCGAGUUCGUCACGCCGUAAUAAUAUCGCAGAUAGAUCGCCUGAGGCUAUCUCAGAUAUGAAAAGGCGGUUAAGUGACGCAAUCAACAGACAUAUCCGCGAGAUGGCCGAGCAAGGCAUAAUUUUCAAUACCAACCUACCCCUCGAUGAACUCAUGGCGCCGUCGAAGAAAACUCUGAUAAACCUGCAAAACGGAACCGGCGGUAGGAAACGUGCCCAGAAUGGGUUUAUUCUUUUUAGAAAAGACAACCAAUUUCGGGUUCAAGCAGAAAACCCCGAAGUUUCGCAGCCCGAGAUUUCCAAGAUCCUGAAAAGUCAAUGGGCGGCAGCCCCCCGCGACGUUAAAAACAUCUACAUGAUCCUAUCGAGCAUAGACUUUCAGGCUCACAAGGAAUUGUUCGGCGAGGACGACAGAACAUCCAACACCGAAUGUGAAUCCGAAGGAUCGACCGGAAGGCGAAACCGUAAAACGUGGAAAAAAUUCGCUACCAUGCCUCAAAUGGUGUUGCUCCCAGUUGCCGAAAAAACGGAAUCAUCUGAUUCAUUUUACUUACAAGACAUAUACAAAUACGAAACGAACGAGGAUCGGCACGGGACUACCGUAAACUCACCAACUCAACUUCCACCGCCCUUCGAACGUCAAGAAUUUGCAUCCACUCCACAGCAAUAUCACAAUUUCAUUGAAUAUACGACACCGACCAUCACAACGUACGAUUCGCCGCCGUCUAUACACUCUGCAACACAAAGUUGCGAUCCUUUCUAUGCGCCAUCAAUGGACAUCUCAUCCCAUGCGACCCUUGAAAUGUCAUCAGCGCAGGAAAAUUUGAUCACCUCGAUUCCAGCGUCGUUCUCACAGUUUCUAUAUUCCGAAAUUCCUUUGAUCGAAGACAACACUUACGCUCCUUUAUCCGAGUGGCCACAAUAA